GUAUCUUCGAAAAUGUUGAAGAAGAAAAUUGCGCCCCGACCUGGGUCGUUUGGACUAUCGUCGAGUCUUCUUCCAGCUAAGAUUGCGGAUAAUGCAUUCGAAGGUGUCGACCGCAGUGAUGCAAGCGGGUCUAGCUACAGUGGUUCAACAAGUAUCGAAGAGUGGUUGCGUCAGCAUUGCGAAGAGUGGCCUUUUUCAGACUCUGACUCGGAACCUGAAUUGGAAGCUCCAGCGCAAGGGAAGAAGCAAAUAGAUGCUGGGCAAGAACAGGGAGCAGGUGAAAGCCAACAUAUCGCCAGAAGUACAUCUUCUAACCAUGAGCCUCUGCCAACGAGGGGUAGAGCAAAAGACUCAUCUUAUGGAGGUUCGCGAUGGUGUAUUGCGAAUGAAGACACGCGACAGUGGCUCCUUUCUGCGGCCGCGGGGCGCUUUCGCGUUGAUGCGUCUGCGGCACGUGGUAGUAUAGUCACGUUUCUGAUCCGUAAAGCGAACUUCGUUGAGGCGCUGUUUCACCAAGGGAAUGCGCUAGGAGUUGGUGGAAAUUCUAUCUCAACACAGUUCGAGAGUGAAGAUAGGAAUGGUGAUUGUCAUCGAGUAGACUUUCCUACUGACGUCGUGAACGGAAAAAGCUUUGAUAUUGUUGCUAACGACACAAAGGCUUCGUCGAAGGGCCAGCAUAUCAACGCUGGACGAGGACGAUUUGCGCAGCCACAAUACGAACCUGUCCCCAAUGAAAGCAACAGCUCUGCUACUUUUCUUGGUUCGGGUGCGACAAGAAACGCCGGCCACCAACAAAAUGGCAUUUUUAGCUCAGCAGGCUCAUCUAGUUCGCCACCUGGAGUGGCCCCUCUGCUCGCGCGUGUGCUGUCUGAACGUGGUGAAGAUUCAGUCUAUCGUGAAGCUGCCAACCACAUCCAUCAAGCACAUACAACAGCAAUUGCGCCUCUGCUCCUCUCCAGACACAAACUAAGCUGGGACCCACCCCGGGAUGACGAAGAAAAUGGAAAUGCAUCCUCAAUAGCAGGAAAUGGAACUACAUCACAGCUGAAUCCAAACAGUAGCAUGAUCGCUGCGACAAGUGGUUCUCCAGCUGCUCAUCUGAUGGCGGGGAGCAUGACCGCACAAACAGGUAGCACAGCCACAGCCUUGUUGUGCAAAGAGGUUCGACAAUCUCUACUGUCAUCCGAGGAAGUCUAUCUUCUUGCGGCGUUUCUGGCUGAAAUGGACGAGGAAAAUCGCGAAAGAACGGGGCUGGAGCAGAGGGGGCAUCGAGACAGUUCAGGAAGUUCUAGAUUUGCUGAAUCUCCUAUUCCCGCUCGCGUGUUUAGGAAAAGUGAGAGCAGCAGCGCUAGUGCGAGCGGAGUGCACAGUUUGUUGAUAUUGCAACAAGUGCUACAGCAGAUUGAGCUACCUUCGUGGCAGCGUCCUCCUCAAGUGCACGCAGCUAGGAAAAGGAACAGUGCCGCUUUGAGCCUACUGAUCGCCGCCGGGUGUGAUUCGCCUACUGAGUCUGUUCCCCUACUCACAGGAUGCGAAGGUGGCUCAUUGCCGUUCUUGCUACAGUAGUUCAGCCUUUACUGAUGAGAUUGGCGUGAGCCCCAACUCAGAGUGCCAGGGCAGUACAGGCCAAAAUAUAGAAAAUCAAAAUUGAUCUUUGAGAAGACAAUGGCACAUCAACGUCAUCAUGCUUAUGAGCCCAACAUGAAGCUAAGUAUGCCUAUAUCGGGUCCCAUUGUCAUCCUGGUGCCAUUGAUGGUUUGUCACAGUGGAGUUGAACCCGCUUGCGACCGUCGACAUUGCAACCUGAGUUGUAGUUCGACGUUGAGGGGACAAAGUAUUCGAAUUGAUUUCGU